UCUUCUUCUCUAACACUUCAAUCUUCAUGCACCUCAUCUAGCCAUUUUUUCUCUAUUUUCUUGAAUUGAUUCGUAACUUCUGAUGUUUUUCAACUCAAAUUCAUCAUUCUUACACAAUUUAAUCUGUUGAUUACCUUCAUAAAUCAUUUCUACAGCAUCAAUCCUACGUUUUCCAGGUUCAAAUUCAUCCAAUUUUUUAGAUGUUACUCUGAAGCAAAACUAAUGUCCAUCGUGGUGGAAUGAGUUCAAGUCCAAACAUCCCUAAGCUUCAAGGAUGAAGGGAGGUUUGAAGGUGUCACAGAUCUCUCUCAUCCUGAUCGGAUUCGUGUGUGCUUCUGUUCUUCUUUUGGCAUAUGUGAAGAGCCUACUUCUUUCUUCUUCAGUACUACCUCAGAAUCAUGUCUUGCAGCUUUCUCCAGAUCUUAGAGUGAAAGAUGAAGAAGCUUUGGGAGAAGGAAGCGGAUCGGAGCAAUCAGAAGACUGUGUUAACUUUGAAUCUGAAAAAUAUCCUACUUAUGCAAACUCUUCACCGGUGAUUAAGGUGACUGAAGAGUUGAUUACUCAUGAAGAAAUAGGAGGUAUUGCUCCGAAUAUCACUGAAAAAGGAGAUUCAAAAGAUGUUUCAGACAAAAAAACUGGUUUAAUAGAGCAGGAAAUUGACGUUUCCACUGCUGUGAGUUCUGGGGGUGAACAUAGUGACAAUUUUACAGCCACCCCGGAAAGACAAGAUUGCAACUUUGCUAAAGGCAGAUGGGUCAUAGAUGAUAGCCGACCUUUAUAUUCUGGAUUUGGCUGUAAGCAAUGGUUGUCAUCUAUGUGGGCUUGUCGCUUGACACAACGUACAGAUUUUGAAUACGAAAAGUUACGUUGGCGACCCAAAAAUUGUGAGAUGGAAGAUUUUACUGGUGUUAAAUUUCUGAAAAGGAUGCAAAACAAAACUCUGGCGUUUAUCGGGGAUUCGCUUGGUAGACAGCAAUUUCAGUCACUUAUGUGUAUGAUUAGUGGUGGAAAAGAUAGACCUAAUGUUCUUGAUGUGGGGCAUGAAUAUGGUCUAGUGCAAUCUCGUGGUUCUGGGCGACCUGAUGGAUGGGCUUUUCGAUUUCCAGACACCAAAACAACUAUUCUUUAUUAUUGGUCUGCUAGUCUCUGUGACUUGACACCUAUAAAUCCAUCUGAUCCUGCUACUGAUUACGCCAUGCACCUGGACCGUCCUCCAGCAUUUUUGAGUCAUUUCCUUCCAAGGUUCGAUGUCCUUGUCCUAAACACAGGACACCAUUGGAAUAGAGGAAAGCUUAAGGCCAAUCGAUGGGUCAUGUAUGUAGGUGGUGUCCCUAAUACAAACCGGAAGAUUGUGACUAUCGGUGGUGCCAAGAAUUUCACAAUCCACAGUAUUGUCAAUUGGGUGAACUCACAGCUGCCAAAAUACCCUCAUGUAAAAGCAUUCUAUCGGACUAUAUCCCCCAGACAUUUCUUUAACGGAGAUUGGAACACAGGAGGUACAUGUGACAACACUACACCACUCUCCGAAGGGAAGGAGGUUUUACAAGACGAAUCAAGUGACUAUGAUGCAGCACGUGCUGUUAGAGGAACAGACGUUAAGCUUUUGGACAUCACUGCUUUAUCCCAGCUGAGAGAUGAAGGUCAUAUAUCUCGAUACAGCAUCAAAGCAACACCAGGUGUCCAGGAUUGCCUACAUUGGUGCUUACCAGGUGUUCCAGAUACAUGGAAUGAAAUUCUUUUUGCUCAAAUUUGAUAUACCUUAACUCGCAAACGACUGGUAGUUGAAACUUGAAACUUCUUCUCCAUCUACCAUCAAAGGUACACGAGUUGCCAAAUGAUGCACAAAUACUAUAUGAGUAUUAUCGCGAAAUCUUUGAUCCAUGGAGAUACUAUAUGACUUACACAUUAUACAGAGAACUACAGCUGCUGCUUUUCCAUAUGCUAAGAAGAGUAGUUUUUUUUUUUUGUUUUAGGAUUGGAAGAGAGCUCCACCAUUGAUCUGUAUACUAUAUAUUCCACAUGAGUUUGUACUCUUUUAGAAAUAUGAGAAAACUAUUCAAGGUUAUUUAUGGCUAUUUUUAUAUGUUUC